AUGCAUCUACGAGUGGUGAUCUUCGCCCUGUCAUUUUUGACAACUUUAGCAUACCCACUACACGGUGACACCAGGGAGGCAACCUGGACUGACUCAAAGGCCAACCAGGCUCAUGACAAGACAGACCCAAAAUAUCUGGAUAAGAUCUACAAGAGCAACAUAGACAGUAGCAGCCUUUACAACCAAGGAAAUGAUGACAGCCAAAACAUUGUGGCAGAGGAGAUGCAGCGCAAACUCAACAUGGAGUCAGCGCGUCUGCGUAUCCGUCUGCGCCAAGAGCUGGCCGAGCUGCGAGAGAAGUUGUCCCCAUCUCCAGACCAUCUCAGCUCCACCCUGGCCAGCAUGAGGGAGCGCUUGACUCCCCUCACCCAGCAGCUUGGGAGCUCUCUCAGCAGCAACACCCAAGAUCUGUGCAGCCAGCUGAGUCUCUACCUGCAGGGCCUGGAGACGGCCGAGGCCCAGGUAGAGGCCAGUCCGGCUCUCUAUCAGGAAGCCUUCCAAUGGAUGAGCCAAACCCUGGAGCACAGCAGGUUGAAACUUGCUAACAUCUUCAAUGACUUCCACUCCACAGCCAGUGCAGUGAUUGAACAUCUGAAAGAGAUCAGUGCUGGUGAGGAGGAGGCAGCCAAGUCAAAGGUCUGGCAGGAAAUGAGCUCAAGGCUGGGACAAGAAGUGAGUUCACUGAGGGAGGAGGCACAGAACAGGGCAGGGGCUCUCAAAGCACAGCUUGCUGCUUUGCAAGAAUCUGCACAACCUCGUAGGACGGAGGUGGCAGGCAGCGUGGAACAGUUCUGCCAAAAUGCAGCCCUGCAGAGCCAAAUGCUUCAGGCCCGGAUGGAGAGGCUGUUUACAGGGCUGGAAGAGGAGCUGGAGACUCACAGAACCUCCAGCCUGCAUCUGGCUUCUUCCAUAUCCUUACAGGAAGGUGACUCUUUGCAGGAGGACUUUUCAGUUAAACUCUCUGCUCUGAUCCAGGACAUUCUGCACUCAGUGCAGUGACAAAAAGCACUAACUUCAUCAGUGAUACAGUCCCAUUAAAAUGAAUUAUUGGACCUGUAUUCUUGUAAAUGUGGCUUGUUGUUUGUCAUCAUACCAGCCCAGUAAGUAGCUUGUAAAUAUUUAUGAAUGCAUGAAUUUGACUGAUGUGUUUGUUUCAUUCUGUGUGUGUCAAUAUGUAUUUACUGUGGAAUGUAAAAAGAUGCUUUGAAGAGUAAAGUUUUUGUUAAUACACUACAAA